UUGGUAUGACAAGGAAAUAGUUGAUUUUACUUAGUGUUCUAGUUGUGGUUGUUGUAAAAUUUAUGGUAAAGAAUGAAGGUUUAAUGACGUAUGUUGAAGUUGUAAUGGCUGCGGGCUGUUUUGAAAAUUAAUAUGACUUUAACAUAGACUCUUAUGAAAAUGAUGUUGUUAAUGGGUGAAAGGUAUGGUUAUUGUUGAAAUGUAAAGGGAUGGAUGAAAAUGCGCGAAAAUAUGUAAGAAGUGGUUAUGGUCAAAUAAUAGACGUUUUGGUAAGUUAAUGUAAAUUGAUGUCAUUUGACAUUCUAGUAGUCGUCGUUACGGAUUAUGCGAUGAAGAAUGAAGGUUGUUGUCGAAGUUAGCAUACAUGAAUGAUGAUGAUAUGCAUGGUUGUUGUUGAAUUGGAAGGUUUUGGGUAAAGUAAUAUGUUGAUUAAGUCGUUGAAAGAUUAUGUGAAUCGAAUUGAAUUGAAUUGAAUUGAAUCGGAUUGAAAUGAAUAUUGAAAUGUGGCUAGAAAAAUUGUUGGUAUCGUAGUUGGUUUGGCCGAGUUCCAUUCUCGGAUUGUUGUUGCUAAAUUUGGCCGAGUUAGAAUCUCGGGGGUGGUGUAUUUACAGGGGAGAUGCUGCCGAAAUUUCGGCAGAAUAUAAAUGAAUGUGUUUGAAAGGUUAAGGCAAGUAUAUGACAAAGGAUCUAACGAAUGUGUGAACUCCUUUGAAGGUGGAUUAACAAGUUGGACGAAUAAGCGUAGCUAGUAAGGCGCAGCGCAGGUACACCCAGAUGAGCCGAAGUCAUUAUAGAAGGUGUUCCAGCGAAGUUGGCGAGCUCCACUUGGCCCUGGAGUGUAGCCGAGUCAGCGUACUAUGCUAUGAUGUCCUUGUUCAAUGUUAGAGGCUUUGCAGACAGAGUCGUGGGUAUAGAGUGUCAGAUUUGUAGACGGCUUCGUCAGUCGAUAUAUUACUAUGUUUCAUGUCACGGGUCCCAUAUGAUCAUAGACAUUACUUAUGAAAAAAAAAUUGAGAGCUUAUUAUGUAUUUUAUUCUUAAUUGACUCAAGAGCCUAUAUAUGUAAUAAGAGUCAGUGGGUUCGCUCGGCUCCAGAGAUGGGGUCGGGUGCCCAUCACACCCUAUUAAGGUCGGGGUGUGACAUCUACCUUCGUUGAUGAGUAUGACUGGGGAUCCAGAUUUGCUAGAGAUUAUUACUGGUUAUUGGGAUAAUGACAGAAUGGUGUUCAGAUUUGGAGAAAUAGAGAUUACUCCCAUUUUAGAAGAAAUUAGAGAUGUCUCGGAAAGCGUGGGGAGCGCAAAUAGGUCCAAAAAGAAGAUAGCUCAAAAUAUGCUCAUCCCUCACAAACCUACCCCAAAAGAAAUAAAGACAUGUUUGUUGUCAACAAAGCUGACUGGUCACAGUGGGGCCCACAAUAGCCUUUAGGGAGAUGUAUGGGAGGCAUUCGUCCAAAUAGGGGUAUGAAAACCACAUCCUUGAGUUUCCUUCAUUCCAAUCCUGGGAAGCCAACCAAACACUAGCCUUCAUUACUUGCCUGCUAGGGACCAUGGUAUUUCCACUAAAUUCUUCCCUAGCCAUAUACACCAAGGUUGUCUUUGUUACCCAUUCUGUCCUUAGAGGCGUUACAACAGACGGGCAUACCAAGUACUUUGAUAUCAUCCCUAUCAUUUUGUCAGACAUAUACCGAGCUUUAAGGAAGUGUCUCAACCGCUAUUAUUACUUCCACCGUUGCAAUCUCCUGGUUCAAUCGUGGAUACUUAAGCAUUUAGACAAGAAUGGUUCAACCUCCCGCCGAGAUCCAGCUUGGAGAGAAGAUGAUCGGAGCGUUGCUACCGUACCUUGUGGGGUUCAAGACAAAGUGGGAUGGGCUCACAUCUUUUCCAGAAUAAGAGAAGAACACAUUAAGUGGAGAGUGCCAGACUUCUAUUCCAAGUCUAUUUUUGUCAAUAGCUGUCGACGUCCAUAUUUACCACUUAUGGGCAUUAGGGGGAUCAGACCCUACACACCUCUGAGGGUACUUAGACAAUUUGAUAUGAGACAGGUCAUCCCAAAUGUGGGAGAUAUGGGAGAAUUUGUGCGAGACUACGAAGAGGGUCAUAUCGAGGGUAUACAAGAUGCUAGGAAAGAUUGGAAGAAUGUGACAAAAGAAGACAAGUUGGACGAGGAUCCAAAUAACCCAGGUCAUGAUGAAAAUUACUAUGAGUGGCUUGGGGCUGAGUUAGAAGGUACUGCCACUCCAGGUCCAUACCUUUACAAAUUUCUCGUGGAUAGUGAAGCCACAAAAGCAAUUUAGGUUAGAAGAAUCAAACGACAAGUAGAAGAAAGGGCAGCGAAUCAUCAAGCAAAAACAGAAUAUGAUCAAAAUGUAACUAAGAGUUUGACAAACGAGGCAGAUGCCACAUUGGCGAGUUUAGAGUGGCUUGACACUUUUGUUAGAGGAUCUAUAGAUACAGAAACGUCAUUGACUGAUGUUCAGAUGGGUCAGCGGAUCGGGACAGCAUUGAUGCCAGCCCACGUAGCCAUUCAGACUGCCCUUCGAAGGGCUAAGAAGGCACAGACUGAGAGGGAGCAGAUUUCGAUCUGAAGAGUGGACUUCUUUUGAUAUUAUUACAUUCAUUUACUUUAUAGCCUUGUAAUUUACUUUUAUUUUUGGGAAACAAUAAUUUUGUUUUACAUAUGGCAC